AUGAACAUAUAUGAAGCACUGUUGUGCGCAUCAAUGAUAUCACAGGUAUGCUCGUUAAUUGGUCGAACACAAAGUGCGGGGGUUAAAGGCCAGCUUCUGUGCAAAGGAAAACCUGCAGCUGGGGUUAAAGUGAAACUUUAUGACAAUGAUCGAGGCCCGGAUUUGGAUGAUCUGAUGGAUUCGGGAUAUACUGACGCUAAUGGUAUGUUCACGCUCAGCGGCACAGUUGAUGAAAUUACAACGAUUGAUCCGAAACUGAAUAUUUACCACGACUGCGAUGACUGGCUGGUUGGUAUUUUAUCAGUAGCAUUUCAAGAUAAAAACAAAUCAGACGAUAAUUGCUGCGAGCAGCCUUUAGAUGUGAAGAGAGCAGGGACCAUCUGCUAG